CAGCGGAAUCAGUUCCGGGUGCGGGCGGUGCGGGAGCGGGCGGGAAGCGGCGCUGGGAGCGGGCCGGGCCGGCCGGGACCCGCCAUGUGAGAGCCCCGGACAGCCCCAGCAUGUAACAUAAUAGGAAAAAAAUCUACUAGUAUAUUGUGAUACAUUGGAUAUGCUUCCUGCAUCUGAAGUCAAUGGAUGAUAUUGAGAUCUGUUUGUUCAAUUGGAAAAGCAGAUUACUCUUUACAUCUGUAGAAAUGGACAGCAGCAGUUUCAUUCAGUUUGAUGUGCCGGAGUACAGCAACACUGUUCUGAGCCAGUUAAACGAGCUCCGCUUGCAAGGGAAACUCUGUGACAUAAUUGUGCACAUCCAGGGUCAGCCGUUCCGUGCCCACAAAGCUGUCUUAGCUGCCAGUUCUCCGUAUUUCCGUGACCAUUCAGCAUUAAGCACCAUGAGUGGCCUGUCGAUAUCAGUUAUUAAAAACCCCAAUGUUUUUGAGCAGUUGCUUUCUUUUUGUUACACUGGAAGGAUGUCCUUGCAACUGAAGGACGUUGUCAGUUUUCUGACUGCAGCUAGCUUCCUACAGAUGCAGUGCGUCAUUGACAAGUGCACACAGAUACUGGAGAGUAUUCAUUCAAAGAUCAGUGUUGGUGAUGUUGAUUCUGUUACUGUUGGUGCCGAAGAAAAUUCAGAGAAUCGCAAUGGCGUUAAAGACAGCAGCUACUUUGCCAACCCUAUUGAGAUAUCUCCUCCCUAUUGCUCUCAGGUGCGACAGUCAACAGCAGGCAGCGAUCUUCGGAUGGAAACUACUCCAGUCAAAGCUCUUCGUAGUCGUCUGCAAGAAGAAGGGCAUUCAGACCGAGGGAGCAGCGGGAGUAUCUCUGAAUAUGAGAUUCAGAUUGAAGGUGAUCAUGAGCCAGGGGACCUGAUAGUAAGGGAGAGUCAGAUUGCAGAGGUAAAAGUUAAAAUGGAAAAGUCUGACAGGCCAAGCUGCUCUGAUAGCUCUUCCCUUGGUGAUGAUGGAUAUCACACUGAAAUGGUGGAUGGAGAGCAGGUGGUGGCGGUAAACGUUGGUUCAUAUGGGUCUGUCUUACAACAUGUUUAUUCAUUUACUCAUGCCUCAUCACAGGCUACAGGUGUGUCAGAAACCUUUGGAAGCAUGAGCAAUACAAGCCCUUCAAGGUCAAUGCUGAGCUGUUUCAGAGGGGGCCGUGCACGCCAAAAGCGAGUACCUACGGGUCACUUGCAUAGUGAUGUCCAGGGCUUGGUGCAAGGGACUGACAGUGAAUCCAUGGUGAGUAAUCCAGGAUAUGAAAAUAGUCCACGGGAAAGAAAUGCAAGAGGUCACUGGUAUCCAUACAAUGAGAGGCUAAUUUGUAUUUACUGUGGCAAGUCUUUCAACCAGAAGGGGAGCCUUGAUCGACACAUGCGAUUGCACAUGGGAAUAACUCCUUUUGUGUGCAAGUUUUGUGGGAAGAAAUAUACCCGUAAGGACCAACUUGAGUAUCAUAUUCGUGGUCACACAGAUGACAAACCCUUUCGCUGCGAGAUCUGUGGAAAAUGUUUUCCUUUCCAGGGUACACUAAACCAGCACUUGCGAAAAAAUCACCCGGGGGUUACAGAAGUGAGAAACAGGGUUGAGUCUCCAGACAGAACAGAAGCGUUUGUGGAACAGAAAGUAGAUAAUGAUGCUUCAGCUUCUGAAGCCAUGGAUUCUAGUAUGGAAAUUCAUGCAAUGUCUAACACAUCUGAUUAAAAUCUUACAUCUAAGUGAAACACAGAUAAGCACAUUACUAAUGUAUUUUUAAAGUAUUUUAUUCUUUUAGUAAUCUUCAGUACAAGUGUAACAGCCUUUUAAUUUUCCUGACCUUCUGGAAAUCAGUUAGAAAUCGUUUCUGGAGAAGUCUUCAGAAGUAUUACUUGUUUUUGAAGGAGGCUGAAUUGUUUGGUGUUUGUUUUUUUAUAUUUGAAGAUGCUCAGAAUAUAAAGACAGUGUACUGGGGAAAGGCUAGGAAGAGUCUGGUGAAGUGUCCCUGCUGAUUGAUCUGGUGAGAGACGCAAAUGCCAGUGGAGAAAGAUAUUAGAAUAAGAUUGGCAGCUCUGCUGAAUGCUCAAAGAAGCUGUAAUUUCCUUUAUUUCUUAAAUCCUUUUGCUGGUAAUGAGUUACACAGCAGCUGGGAGAGAGAAUAUUACAGCUUUGAUUCCUCUCCUGUCACAAUGAAAUCUGUUCACUCUUACUAACUGGUUUUGGUAGUGAGACUGUUUAUAUAUAUAAAUUUGCUUUAUAUAUAUAAAAUGCUUUCACUUUCCCUGUUCUUUGUCAAGGCUAAUACCAUAUGCCACUCUAUCAACCGUUAGGACUCCUCUCUGCUUAGGGUUUAGCACUUCGGACUUUGGGAGGAUUAUUUUGGUUUUAAACAAAUGUUGUUUGGUUUUCAUUUUAUUAAACUAUUACUUUGUGUGCAAAAGUGAGCAAAGUGAAUUACCUUGUUUUAAUAGCUUUGCUUUAUAACAUAUGUAAACCAAAUGCCAUAAAUCUAUUAAACUAUGAUUAAAUUGUUGAAAGGUUUUGUUAGUUGUCUAGAAUGCAAGCUGGACAACCUGUGGUGCUGACCUUUUUAUAUAUAUAGAGAUAGAUAUAUCUAUAUAUAUAUAGAUAUACACAUAUAUAUAUAUAUCUAUAUAUUAAAAAAAAUAUUAGCAAACUUAAAAGUAGCAUUGUGGUCUAAAAUGUGUUUUUACUGGCCUCAGAAUCUACCUUCAUUUUGUACUGUAGAACCAUACCAGGUAAUUAAACUUAACUUCAUCACUCUUCAUGGUUGGUUAAAACAUGAGAGAGAUGUAGUUUAAACCACAGUAUUUCCAAACAGUAUUUUAAUAGGUCUCUUCACAGAGAGCUGUUUUCAGGUGCACAUUGGCUUCCUACUUAAAUCUCCGAGUGACAUGCCAGCACUUGGAAUUUGUACUUUUUUUGUAUAGAAAAACAAAUACUUUAUGGGAAUUUUGAGCAAUAUGUUAUUUCAUGUGUGAGUAUUACAGAGUUGCUAUGGCUUCUCAGUUUUUUCAGUGGUUUUUUUCUCUAUAAAGGAGCUACCAACAACUUUAAAAAUACUCUAAAAUCUUUUUUGUUUUACCAAAUACGUGUUUUUAAUAUGGUGCUAACUUCAUAAUUUAGGUCAGUAUAGUAUAUAACAUGUGAAACAUAA